AUGAAGAAGUUCGUCCGAAUGCUACCUCUUUCCUGUUUGCUGCUCAUGAGCCUCGUGGUACCGCAGGCGCUGCUGGCCCAGAAACCGACCGGCAGCGAGAAUCCUUCGUACUACAACAUCGGCGGUGUGCUGAGCAAUAACGAAAGUGAAUCUCACUUCGCCACCGUCAUUGCCCAUCUGAACUUUGACCAACAGUACGUGCCCCGCGGGACGACCUAUUACGACAAGACGAUUCGGAUCGAUAAAAAUCCCAUCAAAACGGCACUCAAUGUUUGUAAACAUUUGAUCUCGCGCAGGGUAUAUGCCGUGGUAGUAUCGCACGAGCCAACGGGAGAUCUCUCUCCGGCAGCGGUUAGCUACACGAGUGGCUUCUACCAGAUCCCGGUGAUCGGAAUCUCAUCCCGAGAUGCUGCGUUUUCCGAUAAAAACAUUCACGUGUCGUUCCUGCGGACCGUUCCGCCGUUCUACCAUCAGGCGGACGUGUGGUUAGAAAUUUUGAGUCACUUUGGCUACACGAAGGUUAUAAUCAUACACAGUUCCGACACGGACGGACGGGCCAUGCUGGGUCGCUUUCAGACCACCUCACAAACCAACUACGACGAUGUCGAUGUGCGGGCGACGGUUGAGUCGAUCGUCGAAUUCGAACCGAAGCUGGAUAGCUUUAGCUCGUACCUGAUGGACAUGAAGACGGCUCAAUCACGUGUCUACCUAGUAUACGCAAGCCAAGAGGACGCGCACGUUAUAUUCCGCGACGCUGCCAUCCACAACAUGACCGACUAUGGGCACAUCUGGAUCGUGACCGAGCAGGCGCUCAGUGCCAACAACACCCCGAUCGGAAUUAUCGGACUGAAGCUGAACAAUGCAGAAAACGAAACCGAUCACAUCAAGGAUGCUAUCUACAUUCUGGCAUCCGCCAUCAAGGAGAUGACGGUGAACGAAACCAUAACCGAAGCGCCAAAGGAUUGCGACGAUUCGGGUGCCAUUUGGGAAUCGGGUAAACGCUUGUUUGGGUACCUGAAGACGCGCAACAUUCGCGGGCAGACGGGCCAAGUAGCGUUCGACGACAACGGUGACCGUGUGUACGCCGAGUACGACGUGAUCAAUGUGCACGAGAACCAUUCCUUCGUAAAGGUUGGCAGUUUCCAUUACGAUUCGGAGAAGCGAAAGAUGCGUUUGAAGAUUAACGACAGUAGCAUCACCUGGCCGGGCAAUACGGGCAAGAAACCGGAAGGCAUCAUGAUACCGACCCAUCUGAAAGUGCUUACGAUCGAAGAGAAACCUUUCGUAUACGCUCGCAAGCUGCUCGACGACGAGAUCGACUGUGCGGACGAUGAGGUGGUGUGUCCUCAUUUCAACAUUACAAAUGGAAAUGAGCAAGAGUACUGCUGCAAAGGAUACUGUAUCGAUCUGCUGAAGGCUCUCGCCCAGCGCAUCAACUUCACCUACGAUCUAGCCCUUUCGCCCGAUGGCCAGUUCGGGCACUAUCAGCUGAAGAAUCAUACGACCGUCAUCGGUACUACGGUGAAGAAGGAAUGGAACGGGCUGAUCGGUGAGCUCGUGGUGGAACGGGCCGAUCUGAUCGUUGCGCCUCUCACGAUCAACCCGGAGCGGGCCGAGUUUAUCGAGUUCUCGAAGCCAUUCAAGUACCAGGGCAUCACGAUCCUGGAGAAGAAACCGUCACGCUCCAGUACCCUCGUGUCGUUCUUGCAACCGUUCAGCAACACCCUGUGGAUCCUGGUGAUGGUCUCGGUGCACGUAGUGGCGCUGGUGCUGUACCUGUUGGACCGUUUCUCGCCCUUCGGACGCUUCAAGCUGCACGGCGGGAACGAUGGCACGGAGGAGGACGCGUUGAACCUUAGUUCGGCCAUUUGGUUCGCCUGGGGUGUGCUUCUGAACAGUGGAAUCGGGGAGGGCACCCCAAGGAGCUUCUCGGCGCGUGUUUUAGGAAUGGUGUGGGCUGGCUUUGCGAUGAUCAUCGUCGCUUCGUACACUGCCAAUCUGGCGGCCUUCCUCGUGCUGGAGCGUCCCAAAACUAAGCUGACCGGUAUCAACGAUGCCCGACUGCGUAAUACGAUGGAAAAUUUGACCUGCGCCACGGUGAAGGGUUCCUCGGUCGAUAUGUACUUCCGGCGGCAGGUGGAACUGUCCAAUAUGUAUCGAACGAUGGAGGCGAACAACUACGAAACCGCCGAGCAGGCCAUCCAGGAUGUAAAGGAUAGUAAACUCAUGGCCUUCAUCUGGGACUCGUCCCGGCUGGAGUAUGAAGCGUCCAAGGAUUGUGAGCUCGUUACGGCCGGCGAGCUGUUUGGUCGCAGCGGUUACGGAAUUGGACUGCAGAAAGGGUCACCGUGGACCGAUGCCGUCACGCUGGCGAUACUGGACUUCCACGAGAGCGGUUUUAUGGAGUCGUUGGAUAAGGAAUGGAUCUUUCACGGUAAUGUGCAGCAGUGCGAGCAGUUUGAGAAGACACCCAACACGCUCGGACUCAAGAAUAUGGCCGGUGUGUUUAUACUGGUCGGCGCCGGAAUCGUCGGUGGCAUCGGGCUGAUUAUCAUCGAGGUGAUCUACAAAAAGCACCAGAUUAAGAAGCAGAAAAAAAUGGAAAUCGCUCGUCACGCGGCCGACAAAUGGCGUGGCACAAUAGAGAAAAGGAAAACCCUGCGCGCUUCCAUGGCCAUGCAGCGCCAGUACAACGUGGGGCUAAACUCGGUAUCGAAGUCGGUCAGCCAGAACUGUGAAAAAUCGCGCUAUCCCAUACUGCCACCACUGCCGCGCACACCGGAACGGGCCUGGACAAAGGAUCAGGAGUAUAUCGUUAAUCGCAAGAACAACAACUCGAACAAACCUCCGCCACGCUACAUGCCAACGUACGCCACCGAUGUGUCCCACUUGAUAGUUUAAGGCGGCCGACAGGAAAAGUCCACAGGAAGGGAAUCGGAAAGUUAAUGCUCGAAUAGAAAGGGUCGGAACCGUAUCCAUCCACCCCACCGGUCUCCAAAUUGCGCCUAAUGAUGUGUUGUGUGGUAGUGAAAACUUUGACCGUUAACCUCUCCUCGCGAACGGGGAGAGUCCCGGUAGAAAGUGCUCCAAUUUCACGUACGUGUGUCCGUUCGCAAACAGGUAAUGAUUUACAUUCGUUAGAUAAGUAUGUAUACACUUUAAACGCCCCGCAUCAAGGUUGUUCCGUAAGGGCUGUAGAGGCAGUUUACCGAGAGAAUAGGACCCAGGUCAGGCGGGUGUGUUGUACAAUCAUUUUAUUGUUUUCAAUUGACUUAACGGUACAUUAGAGCAAGUUUUGUGCGCAGGUUUGUGUUGCACAGACAGUAGCUGAGUGGUCAGUGGGUGAUGCAUUUGUGCAUCAGGUGCUAUAUUCGAUUAGGUCGAUUUGAUACUUGUUUCCUGUUUCCAAGAGACUGUGAACGUUAGCUGAUUCCAAUGUGUUGUUUAAACUGCCAUUUUUGUGUGGUAUACCCGCGGACUUCCUUUUUUGAUACGUGACAAAACUGAUCGGAACCUCUUCCGUUUACUCGGGCCACCAGUUGAUGGUGGCCCCCCACAGAACAGUAGCUGUUAGCCUAAAGUCUACCAAACGUAGACCUAGUCCUAGACGGGCGAAGUAAGUUUUAUCACUGUUAGCUGUUAAUGGAGACACACAGAGAACAACCAAAUCUAAACAUGCUCAAUCGUUCGGCACGAGAAACGCGACGGCCAAAUUCGAAAAAUCGAUAAUCUUAAAGCGAAAAAAACAAAACUCAAAAAACCUACGUUAUAAAUCGCAUAACUUACACACAUUUUAAAAUGCCAAAACCUCUCUCUCUC